AGAAACGCCCAUGAACCGCUUGUCGUGCAGGGACGAGCAUCUAGCUCAGAAGAAAGAGGGCGUUCUUAUGCGGACGGGGAAUAUGCGUCAGGGAACAAAAACCAACUGGCCGAAGAACCGGGUCAUAAUCUCACAGUCGCAGAUUAAACGCACCACCUGAGAAAUAUAUGCUAUGCAAUUGGAGUUUGCAGGGCCAUUAUACUUAUGAUGAAAAUGGCAUCCAUAAACGAAGAAGCAGUGCUGCAGGCACCUAUGCUCAAGCGUUCCCAAAGCAAUAAUCGCCUCAAAUCUGUGAACUACAAGUCACGUUGGUUUGUGCUCACCAAGACCUGCCUGCGGUAUCACGAUGGAAAGCCAGAUGGCAAAGAAAAAGGACGCCUGGAUCUGCGUACAGUGCGACUUGUUGAGCGUGUUGAUGAUGGAGCGCUUGAACGCGAGAAAGCAUUUCAGAUCGGCUACAAAGAUCGUCUUAUGUACAUUGUGGCAUCAUCAGAAGCACAACGCGAAGAAUGGAUAAUCGCUUUAAGAAAAUUGUGUGUAAACAAUGAGCAGCUGGCUGACAAAUUCCACUCGGGUGUCUGGUCUGGUGGUCGCUGGGGCUGCUGUGGCCGCGGAUCUCGUGGUGCCCCCGGAUGCCGAAGCACUUUGGUCACCGCGCCACACAGUGCGGAGUCCCUUAACUCCAGGGGUAGCAUCACGUGUGGGGACCCUGUACCUGCAAGGACCAAGGACAUAUUGCCUAUCAAGGGCACUGUUGCUACAAAAUUGGUGACAGCACUGUAUUCAUUCCAAGCCAUCGAAAAAGGAGAUCUUUCAUUAGAAGCUGGCAAAGAAUACAUUGUGCUAGACGAUACUGGAGAGCACUGGUGGCAGGUUAAAGACAAAAAUGGGGCUGUGGGCUUUAUUCCGAGCAACUAUGUGGAAGAGAAGGCCGGCCUGUGGCAGCACGAGUGGUACGCGGGAGACAUGUCCAGACAGCGGGCCGAACAAAUCUUGCGCCAGGAAACUAAGGAAGGAGCCUUUGUGAUCCGCAAUUCGUCCACCCACGGCCUUUUCACACUGUCACUCCUAGCAAACAGUCCCAACGGUGUGUUCCAAGUGAAGCACUACCACAUCAAGAGCAGCGCUGGCGGCCACCUAUACCUCUCCGAACGACGCAGUUUUCCCUCCCUUGAGGACCUGGUGCGAUACCAUCGCCACGACAGCGGAGGUCUGGCCACUAGGUUGCGCCACUGGCCCACGCAGCUGCGCCGCACAGUUCCCACUGCUGGCCUCGGCCAUGACAAAUGGGAAAUCGAUCCGUCCGAGCUGACUCUUCUGGAAGAACUUGGAAGUGGGCAGUUUGGUGUGGUGCGUCGAGGAAAGUGGAGGGGAUGUCGGGACGUGGCUGUGAAAAUGAUGAAGGAAGGUACCAUGUCUGAGGAUGACUUUAUCGAAGAGGCAAAGCUUAUGACGAAGCUACAACACCCCAAUUUGGUUCAGCUGUAUGGUGUCUGCAGCAAGCACCGUCCUAUAUUUAUUGUAGCGGAGUAUAUGAAACAUGGCUCCUUGUUACAGUUCCUGCGUCGUCACGAGCGUGCCUUGAGCGAGAAAGGCCCUGUGCUGCUGCUUGACAUAUGCUUGCAAGUGGCUAGCGGCAUGGCCUACCUUGAGCUGCACAACUACAUUCAUCGGGACCUGGCUGCACGGAACUGCCUUGUUGGCGAGAACUAUGUGGUGAAGGUGGCUGAUUUUGGGUUGGCAAGAUAUGUCAUCGAUGACGAGUACACUAGCUCUGGAGGAGCGAAGUUUCCCAUCAAGUGGGCUCCGCCGGAAGUAUUGGGCUACACUCGCUUCAGUAGCAAGUCCGAUGUAUGGGCAUAUGGUGUGCUCAUGUGGGAAGUGUUCACGUGUGGCAAGAUCCCUUACGGCCGGGCGGCCAAUGCAGAAGUGGUGGAGCAGGUGCAGCAUGGCCAGCGGCUAGCGAGGCCUCCCGCAUGUCCUUCUGAUGUGUACCAGGUCAUGCGGUCCUGCUGGGAAAAGAAACCAGAUGCAAGACCAUCUUUUCGUUCCAUCACAAGCCAACUGGAAAAGGUCAUGGAUAAGGACCAUUGAAGAAGGAAAUUCGAGCACAAAAUCAUGUGCACGGAAUGCACAAUCAUUUCCGGUUACAAGCAUGAAUUGUGAUGGUUUGCAGUAGGUCAACAUCAAACUGAAGCCAACAUUGUUUCCAUGCGACAUCAGGUUAUAUUGUUUUUAUAGCUAGCACAUUUUUUGUUAGUUGUUUAAGUUGAAGAACUUGUGCAUGCUCUCUCUAUUAAGUCUCAGUUGUUACUAGAACUUAUGUAUAGGCAGUCUUGAAACUUAGUUUUGAAUCUUUUUUUUUUUUUUCUUCCCACCUGCGUGUUUGGCAUUUACACAUGCAACCACAACUGCCAACUGGAUGUAACCAGUUUUGUUGUUAUCGUUGACUUUGCUGUUGCCUUUUUUAUGGACAGUCAUUUGUAUGUGCUAGCAGCAGUUAACUUGAGCCAUGAGUGGCUCAUCCUGUGUGCAAUUUUGGUUGCAAGCAUGGAAGUAUGCAAGGUCGAGUUUACACUUUUGUUGCACUUGUCUCACUAAAGAUCUGCUCGAGUGCAACAGCUGUUGUUUCUAAGCUGAAUGUGCAGUGUUUUCCUGCAAAUUGGUAUUGUGGAUAAUAUUUAUGAUUGUAGAGUGGCACAGUUAGAGGCAUUUAUUCUGUUUGUUUCUCAUAUCCGUGUGUGUGUACAUGUUUGUUCGUGUGUCUGGGUAUGCAGCAUGUCAGUCUAUAUACUUGUACUCAAGUCAUUGUUUGGAAGGCUUGCUUGAAUUCAAUUCCUCACCAACAAGUGUUGUGUUGGCUGCGUUUAUGCUCUCUUGCAAAAGACUCUUUUUUUUCCUCUGUGCCAUAUAUCAUUCUCUCUUGAGACAUGCCCUUGUGUUCAUGCUGUUGGAUUUAUCUGUUGGCUUGUUUUUUCUUUACUGUUGUUGUCUUCAGCAUCUGCUGUAUUUUUAGAAAUGUGGCAUCAUUUCUGUUAUAAAAGUUGCUGUUUGACAUUAAACCACUGAAGUGAAAGGAACAAGUCAGUUUAGAAUUUUUUUUUUACAAUGUGGUGGAGAUGUGUGUGAGAAGAACAUACUUUUUAUGAAAAUAAAUAAACCAUGUGUGCAAAUA